AUGAAGGAGGCCCAGGGAGCUUGUGCCCCCGAUGCACCUGUUUCAGAGGGUACCUCAGACAAGGUCUCGCAAGAUGUUGGUCGCAUCUCAGAUAAGGUUACGCAAGAGGUUCAGCGUAUCGCGCAAAUGUUCACUAUAGACGGAGCCACUCUUCGACGCAUUACCGAUCAUUUCGUUCAUGAGCUUGAGAAGGGUCUCAGCAAUGAAGACAGCGACAUUCCGAUGAACGUGACGUGGGUGAUGAAACAGCCGACCGGGUACGAAACCGGCCGAUAUCUCACCGUGGACAUGGGCGGCACGAACCUGCGCGUUUGCAACGUCAUCUUGACCGAGGAGAAAGGAGGAUACGAAUUGACGCAGGACAAAUUCAAACUCCCCAAACACCUGAGGAACUGCACCGCAGACGAGCUGUGGGCGUUCGUUGCCGACCGCAUCGGCGACUUCAUCCAGGAGCAUAACCUCACGCCACCCGAGUCUGAGAAACUCCCUCUCGCCUUCACAUUCUCCUACCCAGUCACCCAGGACAACAUUCGACACGGUGUUCUACAGCGCUGGACCAAGGGAUGGAAUAUCUCCGGCGUGGAAGGACACGAUGUAGUCGCACAGCUGGAGCAGGCUCUAGACCAAAGAAACAUCCCCGUGCGUAUCGUGGCACUCGUCAACGACACCACAGGCACGCUCAUCGCAUCGGCCUACAAGGACCCGGAAGUGAAAAUCGGCAGCAUCUUCGGGACGGGCUGCAACGCAGCAUACAUGGAGAAAUGCGGGCGCAUCCCGAAGAUCGCAGGGCAUAACCUCCCCGCCGACCAACAGGUGGCCAUCAACACAGAGUAUGGGGCGUUCGACAACAGCCACCAGGUACUGCCGCGCUGCCCCUUCGACCUGGAGAUCGACCAGGCGUCGCCACGACCGGGGCAGCAGACGUACGAGAAGAUGGUGGCGGGGCUGUACACGGGGGAGCUGGUGCGGCUGAUGAUCGUGCACCUGCACGAGACGGUGGGGUUCCUGGGCGACUGCGACCUGCGACAGCUGCGCGACAUCCACGCGAUGGAGUCGUCGUGCCUGUCGCGGAUGGAGGAGGAGAACGCGGUGGCGGAGAGCACGAUGGCCGAGACGCGCGCGAUGCUGAAGCAGGAGUUCGGGAUUGAGCCCACGCUGCCGGAGCUGAAGACCUGCUGCCAGCUGGCGGAGAUGGUGUGCACGCGCGCCGCGCGCCUGUACGCCUGCGGCAUCGCGGCCAUCUGCAAGAAGGAGGGCAUCACGCGCGGCCGCGCCGGCGUCGACGGCUCGGCGUUCAGCAAGAACUACCAGUUCAAGGAGCGGGCGGCGGCGGCGUUGCGCGAGAUCCUGGAGUGGCCGGCCGACGAGGAGGACCUGAUCACCUUCUGUCCGGCCGAGGACGGCUCGGGGAUCGGGGCGGCGUUGAUCGCGGCGCUGACCAUGGGAGACAACUAG